CGGCAGGCCCGGUAAGGGCUAACUGACAUGAGCCCGGCCGGACGCUGGGCUCUCCUGCUCCUCUGCCUACUGGCGUCCGCUGGAGGAAGGCCCCAUCUGGCCCCACCCCAGAACGUGUCGCUGCUCUCCCAGAACUUCAGCGUGUACCUGACAUGGCUCCCAGGGCCUGGCAACCCCCAGGAUGUGACCUAUCUUGUGGCUUAUCAUAGCUUCACAACAACCCCCAGACGGUGGCGAAAAGUGGAAAAGUGCGCAGCAACCAAAGAGCUGACAUGCUGUCUGAUGUGCCUGGAGAAACAGGACCUAUUCAACAAGUUCAAGGGACGUGUGCGGGUGGUUUCUCCCCUCACCAGGUCCCCCUGGGUGGAGUCCAAUUACCUGGAGUACCUUUUUGAAGUGGAGCCGGCCCCGCCCAUCCUGGAACACACUGUGACAGGGGAGAUCCUGAAGGUCAAUGCCACGUACCACCUGCCCCACUGCAUGCCCUCACUGAAUCUGCAGUAUCAGGUGGAUUUCUGGAAGGAGCGGACUGGUUACAAGACCCGGUUCCCAGCCACUCCCCAUGGCCAGGAAGUCCAGAUCCCUCUCCAGCUGGCUGCCCGUGGAAGCCACUGUGUCAGUGCCAGAACCAUCUACAUCUUAGGUGACCCUAAAUACAGCGAGUUCUCCAAGCCCACCUGCUUCUCCCUGGAGACCCCAGGAGUCCACUGGGCAUUCCUGGUGCUGCUGCCACUGCUGUUGGUUAUCCCCGUGGGGUGUGUGAUCUGGAAGAGCUGUGUGAUGUGGAAGAGCUUCACAGGGAACCCCUGGUUUCAGCGCGCAGAGAGGCCGCAGGCUCUGGACUUUUCCGGACACAGACGCCCUGUGGCGACCUAUCAGCCCUGUGGCCCCGAGUCCCUGGAUAACUUGACCCUCUGUCCCCAAAAGGAACUGACCAGAAGGAUCCCACUAACCUCUAGGGUCAGGGCCCCAGCCACCAUCCAGGCAGGAUCAGAGAAGGACAGUGCUAAGGAAGAGGAUGACGAGGAGGACACAGACGACAAUGUCAGCUUCCAGGCAUAUAUUGCACCCCCCCAUUUCCUGGAGCAGGGGCACCACACCCCGGGGCAACCUGAGCAAGGGGUCCAGGUCGAAGGCUGUCCUGCUUGGGAUUCUUCAGACAGAAGCUGGGCCAGCACUGUCUGCUCCGCCCCCACGGACGAGGCUGGGUCCUCUGGCUAUUUAGCCAAGGAGGGGCCAGGCCGAGAGCUGGAUGAGGACGGGUGUCAGGACCCCCUCCUCCUCCCCAAAUUCUCCGAGGACUUAAGUUCCCUGGAAGAGCUCCAGAGAGAUGACCUCUCCUCCUGGGCCGACUGGGGAUCCUCGUCACCAAGGCUGCAUCUGGUCCCCGGGGAACCUCUAGUUUCUUUCCAGACACUGACCUUCGCCUGGGACAGCAGUGCCGGGGAAGAGGAGGAGGAGGAGGAGGAGGAGGAGGAAGGGGGCGGGGGGGGAUCAGAACUCGAGCACAGCAGCACUGGCAGCUGGGGGACUGACAGCCUCUGGAGGACCAAAGCCAGCGGUCGGACCCUGGGGCACUACAUGGCCAGGUGAGCUGUCCCCCAGCUUCCUGAGGAAUCCGGUGCUUCUGAGCUUCCCGAGGACCCAAGAUGCCACUGAGACUUGAAAGCCUGGGAGCAUCGUCCCUGGAGUGGCAGAGUGUUCUGGCAGCAUGUCCUGACCCCCCAGCUAGAGGCUGUUUGUUCGUCAGGUUGAGCAGUAGGAAGCCACCCCAUCCUAGAAACCACCAGCUAUGGGCGGAGCUCCAAAAGGACUAAAGAAGAGAACGGGCAGAGUUCAGAUCACUCCACUAUCCCUGGGGUGAAAGGUCAGGUGAAAAAAUCACCCCUGGACAACAGGCGAGGCCAGGGCACAGUGGACAUCAAGGGCUGACACCACAAGGGGCCAUCUGGGUUGAGGGGAGGACAUUCGGAGGCAGUUUCUCUAGCACCUUUCUCCCCAAGCCUUGGCCUCCUGACUCAUGAGUGCCCUAGGGCAGGCCCCAGUGAGGAAGAAUGUAGUAGACAGGCGGCGUUGGCGGGGAGGGGAAAGGGUGGCCGUCAGCCACGUCCAAGUCUCCAUCGUGGAACUGCGCAGGUUUGCUAUCAGGCCAACAUGGGUCCAAAUCCCAGCUCUGCCAUUUCCCGGUCGUGUGACCUUGGGUAAGCACCUUCCUUCUCCGCACCUGGGUUUCCUCUUCUGCGUCCCACCUGCGGUGUGGGGAGGGUUCUGAGAGAGAGAGGUGCGUGACGCAGUGCCUGCACAUCACUGGCGCCCUCCUCCUGGUGGCUGGUAGGGCUCUCCAUCGGCCUGGUGCUGAGGAGACUGCUGGGCGUCUCCCACCUGUGGCCCUUCAACCCAGAGUACCUGGAAGCAUCUGCCUCUCAGCUUGUCUCACCUCUCGUCUCCACCUUCUGGUCAGGAAACCCAGCCAAGGAGGCACUUGGCCCCUCUCCCUUUUCCCAGUACCAAAUGGUCAAUGGUCCGUCUCCCAGAGGGUUCUGAUUCAUUGGAGGUGGAGGAGCAACCUGGCAGGGAAUUGGACUCAUGCCUGUGAUCCCUGCUACAGACGGCACUUUAACCCCUUGGUUGGCUACUGUGGUUAUAAAAAGUCCCAUUUUCCCUUCCAGUUAUGAGAAACCAGUGUCUUCUCAAAACAGGCUGUUACCUGGGGGUAGUAAUGGGUGUUCACUUUGUUAACCUCCCCCUACUCGUGUAUGGACCAGCAUAGCUGAGUUUGCAUCCAUAAGGACCAAGAUUUUGUCAGAUGCUGAAAUGUUGACUUACUGUGUAUGUCCUUAAGGGGUGAGUUCUUUCGUCUCUGGCCAGCUGGUCUAACCCCUGUUCCCUUGGCCAUGCCAGCAAAGUGCUGAGGUUACAGCAGGGAUUUCCAGGGGGCAUGAAGCUGGCAGGAGGCCUUCUCUGCUGGGACUCACAUGCAUACACACACGUGUGCACUUGCACAGGGGUGAAGGCUUGUCCGCAUCAUUGAACACAGAAGAGGAAGGACAAACUGAAGCCUUGUUGCUGGGCAAGGCUGUGGCUCAGGGCCUCUUCCUAGGCAGAUACCCAGACUAAGGCUGAAGUUCUUUCUGGAACCCAGAUGAGCUGCUUCAUGAAGGUAAUUUCAGUUCCUUCGAAGGUAAUUACCUUCGGUUUUUCAGUUCACGAAGGUAAACUGAAAGCUGUUAUCACCCUGGUGAAGGAAUUGCACUAUCUUUUUCAUUAAAC